CUCCAACUCUCUCCCUCUCUCUGCGAGCACCACGCAUCCAUGGAGACGGCGCAGAACGGACAAGCCGAAGCGGAGGCCGCCGCCGCCGCCGCCCGCGACGGCUCGAUCUGCGGGCACGAGUCGCUCGACCGCCUCCUCCGCGACAACCUCAGUCCCCAAGUCUUUCAGGAAGUCAGUCGUUUACUUAUAGGACUGAAUUGUGGAAGGACUCUUGAAGCUGUUCCUCUAGUGGAUUCUGCAAAAGCUCUCUCAUCUGAAUGUAAUUUUGACAUACAGGCAUUUCGCUUUACAGCAGAAAAGGAGUUGUUAAGAGAACCGCAAGUUGUCAGAGUUGGACUUAUUCAAAACUCUAUAGUUCUUCCCACAACUGCUCCCUUUCUGGAUCAGAAGAGGGCUAUCCAUCAGAAAGUAAAACCAAUGAUAGAUGCUGCCGGUGCUUCAGGAGUGAACAUAUUAUGCUUGCAGGAAGCAUGGAUGAUGCCAUUUGCCUUUUGUACGAGAGAGAAGAGGUGGUGUGAAUUCGCAGAGCCUGUUGAUGGGGAAUCAACAAGGUUUCUUCAGGAUCUAGCAAAAAAAUAUAACAUGGUCAUUGUUAAUCCUAUCCUUGAGAGGGAUAUAAACCAUGGGGAGACUAUCUGGAAUACUGCUGUUAUUAUAGGCAAUCAUGGCAAUAUUAUAGGCAAGCAUCGAAAGAACCACAUCCCCAGGGUUGGAGACUUUAAUGAAAGUACCUACUAUAUGGAAGGAAAUACCGGGCAUCCUGUGUUUGAGACUGCUUAUGGAAAGAUCGCUGUCAAUAUUUGUUAUGGUAGACACCAUCCUUUGAAUUGGUUAGCAUUUGGCUUGAAUGGUGCAGAGAUUGUCUUCAACCCUUCUGCAACCGUCGGUGAACUUAGCGAACCAAUGUGGCCAAUCGAGGCCCGGAAUGCUGCCAUUGCCAACAGUUAUUUUGUUGGAUCAAUUAAUCGGGUAGGAACAGAAACAUUUCCCAAUCCAUUCACAUCAGGUGACGGGAAGCCACAGCACGCGGAUUUUGGGCACUUCUAUGGAUCCAGUCACUUUUCAGCUCCAGAUGCUUCUUGCACGCCAUCGCUGUCCCGUCACAGAGAUGGAUUGCUGGUCUCGGACAUGGAUCUCAAUCUCUGCAGGCAGCUGAAAGACAAGUGGGGGUUCAGAAUGACUGCUCGGUACGAGCUCUAUGCCGAUAUACUUGCUCAGUAUCUGAAGCCAGACUUUGAACCCCAGCUCAUAUCUGAUCCCUUAUUGCAUAAGAAGUCCUGUUAAGUUUCGCAAUACUGUAAAUUCAGGGAUGACUUUAUCCAAGCAAUGUCUACUUUCUGGACUUCGGCACACGUGAUGUCUGUACAUAUGUGUAGUGUAUCGGUCAACGGAAUUGGAAAUGGAUAAUUUAAUAAUCCCCUCUUCUAGAUCA